CAGGAAACAGACUGGCCGUCCUCCGUCACCCGCGGAAAUGUUCAAAAAAGAUAAACUGAAAGCUUUGGUGAAUCAGCGACUGCAAGCCGCAGCUGAGGAAAUAUUCAGCAUCUUUGAAACAACUAUUAAAGACUAUGAGGAGAUAGUUUACCGUUCAAAACAGGAGGCGGAGCAACAAGGUUGCAGGCUGGCCGAGGGGAAAGCCCCCCUGCAGCUCUCUGUCCAGGGAGAGGAUGCUCCCUCUGAGCAAUGUGACAUUGAGAAGAAGACUGACCUGUGUGAGGAUGACCAGGAGCCACCGCAGAUUAAAGAGGAGCAGGAGGAGGAACUGUGGACAGCUCAGGCAGGUGAAAAUCAGCAGGACGAAGCUGAUAGAAAAGACUCUAUGUUCAACAUAAUUUAUGUGCAAAGGAAGGAUGACGAUGGAAAACAGGUCCCACAUCAAAACCUAGUGGUUGAAAAUAAAGGAGACCAUCUGCCCAGCAGCUCAUGUGAAGAGUUGAAAUCAGAACCUGAUAAAGAAGGCUGUGAUGCGUCAGAGCCAACGAGUGACUGUCAGAUGAGUGAAGUAAGUGAGGAUGAAGAGAGAGACUGUGGAGGAUCUCCAUCAGGUGUAAAGAGGAAGAAACCCCAGCAAGCUGAAGAGACAGCAGACAGACCGUACACCUGCAGCGUUUGCGACAAGAAUUUCAGGAUUAAAUCCAUUCUAACUCGCCACAUGAAGACACACACAGGAGAGAAACCUUACAGUUGCGGUGUUUGUGGUAAAAGCUUCAUCCAGCGCUCAUAUCUACAGACUCACAUGAAUUCUCACUCCGGACAAAAACCGCACACGUGUAGUUUCUGUGGCAGAGGCUUCACACAAGUUGGAAACAUGAACGCCCACAUACGAAUCCACACGGGAGAGAAACCUCACAGCUGCACCGACUGUGGUAAAAGUUUUAGAGAGAAAGCGGAUCUCAUCAAGCACACAAUAAUUCACACUGGUGAGAAACCUUACAUUUGCACUGUAUGUAAUAUGAAAUUCAGCGCUCAGUCUAAUUUAACGCGGCACAUGAAGACUCAUUCAGGGGACAGGCCAUAUAGUUGCCAUGCUUGUGGGAAAAAAUUCAUCAGACGCUCCCAUUUACUUAUUCAUAUGAAGACUCAUGCAGAGGAGAAUGUCUAGACUGGGGAUAUUAUUAGGUUUGCUCCAUGGUAUUUACUUGAUAAUAUCCCAGGUAGAGUGAACGAGGACUCACAUUAGAAGAGUCAAUUGUAUAAAAUUUAAACUUUUUGUAUAACCCAUUUUUAUCUAUGUUGGAGGUAUAGUUUUGUACUGUAAAAUAAAUGAGUCUGCAAGUUGCAACCCUGCAUGUUUCUCUAAGUGACAAAAAUGUUAUGUUAAGUGCAGUCCUCAAAUUUAUUUUCUUUUAAACUUGUAAAACAAGGUACUCUGAGGAAAUAAAGCAA